UUCGAGCCAUUCUCCAAACAGCGACCGCCGACGAUCUGCGACCCGUUUAGGCCAACUCUUCUGAUACAGAGGGCACAGAAUCCAUUGUCCGACGCGCACUCUCUGCCCGCCUCACCCGCGCGAGGUUCUCCCUUGCUCCCUCAGACACCAGACUCGACAGCCAGCAGCAAGUCACAGCUAUGGCGGAAAACGAGGUAGAUUUGGACUCUAUCAUAGACAGGCUCCUCGAGGUCCGAGGCAGCAGACCCGGCAAGCAGGUUCAGCUGCUGGAAACCGAGAUCCGCUACCUAUGCACCAAGGCGCGCGAGAUCUUCAUCUCGCAGCCCAUCCUGCUCGAGCUUGAGGCGCCGAUCAAGAUCUGCGGAGAUAUUCACGGCCAGUACUACGAUCUGCUACGGCUUUUCGAAUAUGGUGGUUUCCCCCCAGAGGCCAACUAUCUCUUCCUUGGUGACUAUGUCGACCGUGGCAAGCAGUCGCUUGAGACCAUCUGCCUGCUGCUCGCGUACAAGAUCAAGUACCCCGAGAACUUCUUUGUCCUACGUGGUAACCACGAGUGCGCUUCUAUCAACCGCAUCUACGGGUUCUACGACGAGUGCAAGCGAAGAUACAACAUCAAACUGUGGAAGACAUUCACUGACUGCUUCAACUGCCUGCCCAUUGCUGCAAUCAUUGACGAGAAGAUCUUCACCAUGCACGGUGGUCUCAGCCCUGACCUCAACUCUAUGGAGCAGAUUAGGCGUGUAAUGCGACCAACUGAUAUCCCGGAUUGUGGCCUUCUCUGCGAUCUCCUCUGGUCUGACCCCGAUAAGGACAUUACUGGAUGGAGCGAGAACGACAGAGGUGUGAGUUUCACAUUCGGUCCAGACGUGGUAUCGCGCUUCUUGCAGAAGCACGACAUGGACCUCAUCUGCCGUGCCCAUCAGGUUGUGGAGGAUGGCUACGAGUUCUUCUCAAAGCGUCAGCUUGUCACACUUUUCAGCGCGCCCAACUACUGCGGUGAAUUCGACAACGCCGGUGCAAUGAUGAGCGUUGACGAGAGCCUGCUCUGCUCCUUCCAGAUUCUGAAACCUGCUGAGAAAAAACAAAAGUACGUUCCCAACCUUGGCGGCAGUAGACCGGGGUCUUCUCGCAACAAGAAACCCUAGAAGUAGCCACCAUUACACUCUUUCAGAAUCCUUACGAACUUCUCGUGCAGCAGGUUUGGGCGACGAUAGAC